AUGCUGAAGGGCAAGUGGUGCCUGGUGACGGGCGGCGGUCGCGGCAUCGGCCGAUCGAUCGCGCUGGCCCUCGCGAAGGAAUCAGCAUCUCUGGCGCUGACAUCCAGAUCCGUGGAACAGCUGGAAUCCGUGGCCGUCGAGUGCAAGGCGGCCGGCGCGCCGGCAGUAGAGGUCUACCCGGCGGAUCUUUCCGACAGCAAGGCGGUCGACGGCCUGGCGGCGGCGCUGUUGGCGAAGCACGGCUGCGUUUCCGUGCUGGUGAACAACGCCGGCAUGAUCACGAAUGGAAUGACCCCCCUCGAAGGGGACCCCGACGAGUGGGAAAAGAUGAUGGUCGCGGACCUGACCAGCCCGAUGCGGCUGACACGCCUCUUGUCUCCUGCCAUGGUGGAGCGCAAAGAUGGGGCGAUCCUCAACAUCUCCUCCGUUCUUGGCCUGGAGCCUCAUUGGAGCACGGCGGCCUACUGCGCCGCCAAAUUUGGCCUGCGCGGCUGGUCGCUGUCGUGCCACGACACCCUUCGACGGAGCAAUGUGAAAGUGGUUUGUAUCAACCCUGGAUUUGUGGACACCUCGUUGCCAGGGGGGAUGCCUGGCACGGUCCCAGAGGAGAUGAUAAGGGCAGAAGACAUUGCUGAAGCUUGUCUUCUGGCUCUCAAGACCAGCUCCAAGUGCGUCCAAACUGACAUCACUCUCAGAAACUCGCAGAAUUGUGCAUAUCUGCUCUACGAUCCGACAGAGUUGAUGAUGGAGAAGAUGGCAGCUUCCCAAAAGUGA